GCACUAGACAGGAAUAAUGAGCCCCCAGCGGGAUUAGGCAGUUGCGGCUCCCUCACUGCUUCCCCCCCACCUCACUCCCCCUCAGCCUGCGAUCUGCCCAAUUUCUCGCUGACAUCCAAAAUAAAAAAAAACGCGGUGACGCAUAGAAUCGAUCCGGAGCGCCUCAGAAUGCGAACAGUGGCUCAGGUCUCGGCAGCCUGGUACACUCCUCCCAAAACCAUGCUGUGACAGCCAGGCGCUGAGUAAGGAGUGAGAGGCACGGACACACACACACACACACACAGAGAGAAGGAAGAGGCUGCAGUCGACGAUCGGCUACUGUCGCCGUGGGAGACCCUACCAGAGAAGGGAAGCUUCCCCUUUCUCUAAAAUACAACCAAGGGCCGCUUGGAAAUCAGGGAGCGAGGAUGUUGCCUCUUGGCCGGGGGAACUCCGGCUUUCUGUGGGUGCUCCACGCUUUCUUACUGAUAGGAAUCCAAACCCGGGCGCAAGAUGUUGGCCUGCGAGGAGGCAUCGGUGCCACAACACCAUUCCCCCCGCUGGCAAGAGGUCAAUCAGCUCAAGGCAUUAAUGCAAGUGACAGAGAGCAAGAGCCCACUAAAGCUCUGGGCUCCAGCCACACCCAGCCCAAUUUGGUCAACGCAGUCAUGCAGAAGGAGGAUAUCCUCCUGCGCCAGGGGGCAUUGCUAGUGCCCUCCUCUAUUCCUGCUGGGCUAACCAACCAGCCUCCCCCGCAAAGGCGCCAGCUUCCUUCUCUGAGGCAGGUGGAGGUGUUACGCAGACGACUGAGUGCCAAAGGAGUGCCGACUGGGAAACCCGACUCUUCCCCGGUGACCACAGCCCCACCAGCGUCAAGGGCCCCCUCUCCAUACUCAACCUCACCCUCUCCUUCCUCCAUCCCUGAUUUGGUGAGGGAGAAGCCAGGAGGUCCUGAAGAUCCAACGGGCAUCAGAUCGGAAUCUCCACAUGCCGGUCUUGGCACACCCACUAAAUCACCAAGCCCCACGCACGACAGUACCACUCCAUGGCCGUUGGUUCAGUUUGGGGCCCACGCCACAGAUUCACCUGACCUUGAGGGUGUCCACCCCAGUCCAGAGGCAACCCCCAACUCCAGCAAGGACCCCUCACCCGAUCAGAGAAUUGUCCCCCCAGUCGCCUAUCAGACCCCAACGAUGGGUACAGAGCUUUCCCGGAAGGAUUCUGAGCUGGGCAGUACGGCAGCAGUGACACAAGAAAGCAGAGACACGACCACCACCACCAUAGUAACAACAACCGUCAUUACCACGCUACAGACAACAGUUCCAUGCAGUGUAAGUUUCUCAGACUCAGAAGGGUACAUAGACUCCACUGAUUUUCUUCCACUAUCUGCAUAUGGCUCUCUUCAGUGUACCUUCAACGUGACUGUCUUCAAUGGAUAUGGAGUAGAACUCCAGGUUAAAACUCUGAACCUGUCUGAGGGGGAGCAGCUCUCCAUUCGUGGAUUGGAAGAUGACAACUGGAUUGUUUUAGCCAACCAAAUGCUUCUAGUUGAAGGCCAGGUUAUCCGCAGCCCCACUAAUACCAUUUCGGUGCAUUUCCGCUCAUUUCAAUAUGGAGGUAUUGGAACAUUCCAGCUCCACUAUCAGAUAUACAUGCUGAGCUGUGACUUUCCCCGGAGACCAGAUUAUGGUGAUGUUUCUGUGUUGGAUCUACAUGCUGAUGGCACUGCACUCUUCCGUUGUAACUCUGGUUACCAGCUGCAGGGACUGCGAACUCUGACCUGUAUGAAUGCUUCCAAGCCACAUUGGAAUGCCAAGGAACCAAACUGUCUUGCACCCUGUGGUGGAUUUAUAUCCAAUGCUACCAUUGGUAGGGUACUGUCACCAAAUUAUCCUGCAAACUAUAGCAACAACUUAAACUGCACUUGGAUAAUUGAAGGCACAAAAGGCCAAAAGUUCCAUAUGCACUUUGAAAAGGUUUCUCUGGCUGGACAGGGUGACAGACUGAUCAUCUACAGUGGAGAGGGAGCCUUAUCAUCAACUCUAUAUGACUCCUUAAAGAAUGAGUACUUCCCCCUGGAAGGUUUGAUCAGCAAUGAGCCAUUUGUUCGGAUUGAACUCACCUCCGAUGGAACCAAGACAGCAGGGGGAUUCAACAUUCGAUAUGAAGCCUUUGAGCGUGGGCACUGCUUUGAGCCUUACAUGCAGAAUGGGAACUUCACUGCAACCAAUCCUUCCUACAGUGUAGGCUCAGUGGUGGAGUUCACAUGUGAUCCAGGUUACACUAUGGAACAUGGAUCAUCUGUAAUUGAGUGCAUAGACAUCAGGGAGCCAUACUGGAAUGAGACUGAACCACUUUGCAGAGCGGUUUGUGGGGGAGAGUUGUCGAGCCCUGCGGGAGUGAUUCUCUCUCCGAAUUGGCCUGAACCCUACGAUGAAGGCGAGGACUGUAUCUGGAGAAUUCAUGUUGGGGAGGAUAAGCGAGUCUUCCUUGAUGUUCAGCUCCUGAACCUCACUAACAGCGACAUAUUAUCCCUGUAUGAUGGCGAUGACUUAACUGUGAGGAUUCUUGGACAAUAUGUUGGAAGCAAUGCCCCAUUAAAAGUGUACUCCACUACUUCUGACCUUACAGUCAGAUUUCAUUCAGAUCCUGCUGGCUUGAUUUUUGGAAAGGGACAAGGAUUUAUCAUGAAUUAUUAUGAGGUUUCACGGAACGACACUUGCUCAGACCUUCCAGAGAUUCCCAAUGGCUGGAAAACGACUCCGCACAGAGAAAUGGUCCGUGGCACAAUGAUAACCUAUCAGUGUGACCCAGGGUAUGACAUCUUAGGAAGUGACACCCUGACUUGCCAGUGGGAUCUCACCUGGAGCAGUGAUCCCCCUUUCUGUGAAAAAAUUAUGUACUGUACAGACCCCGGGGAAGUCAAACAUGCCAGCCGCUCCAUUUCUGAUACCAAGCUACUGGUGGGAUCCACAAUACAGUUCAGCUGUGACCCAGGAUUCAUAUUGGAUGGAAAUGCGCUGAUAACUUGCUACAGUCGCGAGACUGGUACCCCACAAUGGACCUCCAGACUUCCCUAUUGUGCACCGGAGGAGUCUGUGGCAUGUGAGAAUCCUGGACUACCUGAAAAUGGUUACCAGAUUCUGUACAAGCGGCUGUACCUGCCGGGGGAGACACUGACAUUUAUGUGUUACGAAGGAUUUGAGCUGGUUGGGGAGGUCACCAUUCGAUGCAUCAUAGCUCACCCAUCUCACUGGAGUGGGCCACUGCCUCUGUGUAAAGCUGCAACGUAUGGCUUUGAACACUCGCUAGAAGUAGCAGAAACAGCUGUGGAGACAUCAAUGGAAGGCGGAAAUAUGGCUUUGGCCAUAUUCAUUCCUAUCCUCAUCAUCUCUAUACUGUUGGGAAGCGCCUACAUUUACGUUACCAGGUGCCGAUAUCACUCAAACCUGCGUCUGCCUCUCAUGUCUUCUCAUCCAUACAGUCAGAUCACUGUAGAAACAGCGUUUGACAAUCCCAUCUAUGAGACAGGCGAUACCAGGGAAUACGAAGUUUCCAUAUGAAUAAGCUCAUGGAAGGGGCAGGAAGAAUGAGAUUCCUGCAAUCAGCCAGAGUUUCCCAGUGCACACCCCAGAGAAUGAUGCUCCUCUCUGCUUUCUAAUCCAAAUCAGAAGUUACUGACAUUCCAGACUCGACACUCCCUCCAAACGUAUCUCACCCAGUCGUGUUCACCUGAAAAGGGAUCCUGGCAACUCAGUGUGAGAAAAGCCCCCUCAAAUUCUCCAAAGAAUGCAUCGGUUGAAUUAUUUAGGUAACAUCAGAAUUUUUAAUAAGAAGCAAAAAUGGAGUAUUUGAAGGAGACCAAAUCAAAUUUUGGCCAAAGCAAUUUCACAACGUCUGUGUUUCGUUUUGUUGAAGUACAUUACGUGCUUUUCAAAGAGAUAUUCCUUGAGGCUCCUGUGAGCUUGCUGACUGGAAAGAGCUACACUCUGUUCCAGAGAAGCUCAGCUAUCCCUAAUAGAGGACUGAGCUGUCCUUCACAAAUUAUCACCCUGGCACAAUCCCCAGGUGAAAGCAGACACCCUCUCGCUAUAGCCAGAGGUGAAGAGAAUCCAAAGCAGCAGUACCCUCCGUUCAGCAUGAAGUUAGGGAAUGUCACUUUUUUUUUUGAAAAAUAUAACCUCAAGGAAUAUUUUUUGCAACUGUUUUUCGACGUUGGUUCAGCACUUUGAACAAAAAGUAUUCCAUUUCUUUUAAGUCUCUGGUAAAGACGGGCCUUUCAAUGGGCGAAUUGCUUGACAAGUCUUUGCUAAGUGUCCCCUUUUUGCCUAACUGUACACAAUCCCGUGUACGCACUUUCCCUGUAAAUAUGUAUAUGCAGGCACAUACAUGUGUAUACAUGCAUGUACUGUAUGUCUGUGUAUAUUCAUUAAACAGCAUAUGUGUGUGAUGUGCAUCUAUGCAUGUAUAUCCUUACUGUACAUCUGCAGAAUUCAUGCAUACCUGUGCUAACAGACACAUUUUGUGUUGGUGCAUUUGUUUACAUAUAUUUUCCUAAUGUAAGCAAAACGCAUUACACCAGCACACCUACAUUGUGCAGCAUUUUCUGCAUUUACCUCUUGCUAUUUAUUUGUGAAGAGUUUUAUUCUGCUGGUAAAGUUGCACAGGAGAAUUCUACUUUAGUUGCACUAGUCAUUGUGAUCAGUCACAACAUGUAGUAAUAUUUCUCCCCAUGCCCCGAUGUGUAAUAUUAAGUGGCAAACAUUUCCGAACAGCACAGGCUCAGCCAAAUAAUGAAGCAAAUUUAAACAGCGAGUAGCUUAAGCCAUUUGGCUCAGGAAUCUGGGGGGUUUGAUUCUCAGUUUGUACUGUGCUAGCUGAUCUCAGUGUGAGCAUGAGUGAGAGGUGCUAAUAUUGUUUUCAUUUCCCUCUCAGUUUGCAAGAGAAGUUAGAGGGGUAUGUUUGGGGACCAAUAAUCUCAGAUUCUUACUUUCGAUCCAAGUCUGUAAUCAGGGGCAAGUGACUAUUAGAAUGAGUAAGCUGUCAUCUUGUACAGUAAUGUUCACUGCAAUAGAUGCAGUUCAGAGAAGGUUUACUAGACUAAUACAUGGAAUGGGCAAACGUGAGGAAUGCAGAUGCUGGAGAUUAG